AUGGCGGACAAGACAGACAACGAAGCAAGUGAAGUACCUUUAGCGGCAAAAAGCACGCCCAAAGAUGCUUUGGUUAUGGCAGCUAUUUUGAAAGAAAUGGGAAUCAGUGAAUAUGAUCCAAGAGUUAUCAAUCAGAUGCUGGAAUACACCUAUCGUGAGUUUUAAAAUCCAAUAAUUCGGUGUCGACAAUCUUUAUCUCCCCUUCAGCGACUUGAGCGAAAUAUUACGGACAGAUAUGAAGGGAUUUGGUAGAGCUGCAACGUUUAAGUCUCAUUUGAUUUUUGUGUGUGUGUGCGUGUGUGUAAACAUCUCCUUUUUAUUUUAGAGAAAACUUGUUUAAACAUUGAACAUCUGUGGUAUUAACGCAACCUUUGUUUAUUUGAUUGUACAAAAACACGAGAUCUUUAGCUCAUAAACCUUGUCGUUUCCAUAGUCAUUAUGUACAGUACUGUAGAUUUCAGUGAACAAAAUCCUAUAGUGGGACCAUUCAGUUAUUUUUAGAAGUAGUAUUUGCUUUUUUUUGCUUAAAAAAGAUAAUAGUUUCUCUUAGAUUUUCGUGGGAAAUGUAUUCCAGUGCUGUUAAGGAAAGGAAAAAAAGGAUAAUUAGAUUUCACUCAGACGGAAUCCAUUUUUCAUUUAGGAAGUACAAGGCUGUGCUCGGCAUUGCUGAGCAGGCAAUGAUCUGAUUGGUAGAAAACAACAAUAGCAAACCUUUGUGUCCAGUUCGUCAGACCGGGGGAGGACUGUGGGUUCAUUUCCCGAACAGUGGCUGGUAUUCUCGAGCCUUGUCAGCUAGUCAGUCCAGUCAUAUAGAGAAUUGCACUGUCAAUCAGAACUGUCAAGCCAGAUCAGUUUAUUCAUACUGCGUAGCAAAAAGUUUUUGCAGACUAGCAAUUUGUUUUGUUUUGCAGGAAAUAUUUUUUGCGAUUUAAUAGCACAGAUUGGCUUUUCUUGCUGGGAAUCAAUGUUUGUGAUUUUGAUAAUGUCUUUGUAUUUAAUGCAUAUUUUCAAACAAAACUAUGGUGUGUGUAUCCUAUGCAAAACCAGUCAAACAGAUUGCUUGUCUUUUCCAUUGGAUUACGAACACGAACAAACAUGAUUCCUUACAUGUAUUUUUUAGUAGUGAAUUUAAGUUAGAGAAUUUUGGUCAGCACCUGGAAAUGUCCUUGUCCACCAAAGGCAAAAAAAUUGUCACCCGGGUCCACCAGGAUGUGGUAGAUAAAAGCAAACUGUUUUUACUUCAGGUUACAUAACAACAGUUUUGGAGGAUGCUCUUGUUUACUGCAAACAUGCUGGCAAAAAAGAACUUGAUGCAGAUGAUGUCCAGCUGGCCAUUCAGUCAAGACUUGACCACUCUUAUACAAACCCACCACCAAGAGAGGUAAGUAAGCUUUUUAUCCAGUCUUACUGUGACACUCAGAUAACAGUUAACACCUUUAAUAUUUCCAUCAGAAUGUUAUUGUUUUUCAAGGAAAAGGCCAUUAGAUGCAAGAAAACUUAAGGAUUUAAUGGUGCUGAAAAAAAUAUGGAAUUUUAAGUACUUUAGGCCUCACAGCGUUGAACAGCUACUAAUAAACCAGAGUGUUCAUUAGGCAUCGGAGAUUGAAGAAUUCGCCAUUUACUAUGCAGAAUUCUCCGGCUAAUGUUCGGUAGCCUGUGACUAUUUUUUAUUCAGACGUAGAGCCUCUUUUAAAAUAUUUUCUUGUAACAUUACACCUUUCUCCUGCUACUAGAAUUCUUAAGGAAUACAUUGUGCCCUGAUAAACAAUAAUAUUGUUUACAGUCUGUCCCCUUUAAAAUAUUACGGAGUUAAAAUGUCUACUGAUUAAAAUUAAUCCUUUGGUAAAUGGUUUAGAUGAAGCCUAAAACGUUUACUUAAACCAUCUGUUAUACUGUUGCAGUUUCUCAUUGAGAUUGCUCGUCAGAAGAACCGUCUCCCUUUGCCCCAGAUCCAGGCAAAGAGUGGCUUGAGGCUUCCCCCUGAUCGAUACUGUCUGACCUCUACAAAUUACAAGGUCAAGGCACAGAAAAAGGUAUUGUUGACAUAAAAAAAUAGAAUACAGUCAAACCUCUAAUAUAGACUCUCAAGGGUCAGAACCAAGUAGUGUCUGCUUUACAGAGGUGUCCAUAAUAUAGAGGUAGGGAUGGCAUUCUGGGACCAAACGAACUGUUUGAACUGUGCGUAAUAGAGAGGUGUCAGUAUUAUAGGUGUCCAUGAGGAGAGGUUAGACUGUAUUUAAUUGAAGCUGGGUGCUUGUAUAAACUGCUGGUCUGGGUUGUUCAAAGCAGGGUUAAGAUAACUCAAGGUUAGUCUAUAGCAUAUUCUUGUUUAAUAUUCUUCUGGUCUGCAGUUUGAUGAUUGGAUGCUUUUAAAAGAAUAGGAAAAAUUGUCUGAGAAAAUGCUUUUUAACAAAAGAAAAAGAAAUUGGGAUUAAAAUUUAACCCUGGGUUAGCACUAAUCGGCCUUCGAACAACUAGGUCCUAGUGUCUCUUUCAUAUUAAUUUUUUUUGAAAAAAAUAUUUUGCCUUAUAAGCUUCACUUGUGAAUUAAAAGUGGGAUUUGAUAUCUAGAGCAGGAGUCAGUUGAGGCCUUUUUCCUCGUGCUUCUUUCAUUAAUAUAGAUAUACUGUAUAAGUUGUAGUUAAUUUUUUAUCCUAGGUAAUUUUUGUUUUUCUUUUGUUCUUGGGUAUGGUAAUGUAUGCUAAUGAAGUUGAAACAAAGGAAAAACUUUAACUAUGACAUACAUUUGACCAAAGAUGCUGUUUGAAGAUGUUGAUUGAAAAAUGCUUUCUACCUGGCAAUUUGUUGCAAAAUGUACCAUGACAAUAAGUAGAGUAGACACAUGUUGGGCAAAACUGUUCAAACAAUAAUUUGUCAUUAAAAUAUCUUUCUGUGUCUUUAUGUUAUUUUAAUCGGUUUUUGUAAUGCCAUAUACAUACAUUUUAGAUAACAGCAUUAAGAGUCCGACCCUGAUUCUUGCAGCUGAUCACUCGACUCUCCUAUUUCUCCCAGUUUUUUUUUUUACAAAACAAAGAACUUCUUUUUUUUCUUAUGUGGGUUUCAAUCACGGAUCCAUAUUUGCAUUAAAUUUUUCAUGACCCUUCCCUUUUCUGCAGUCCCCCUCCCUCUGCAGUCACAAGUCCCUAAGUUAUUCAAACAAUAAUUUGUCAUUAAAAUAUCUUUAUGUGUCUUUAUGUUGUUUACAGCAUGCUCAGUGACCAGCAGUUACCCCAGUGACAGCUCCAAUGGGAGCUUCAACAACUAUCACAACACCAAAUACUUUGACUCCUGGAAGUGUCAGUAAAAUUACUGUGAAGCAGGAACCAACUGCCAGUGCAGGCACUCACACUGUUCAGAAAACAGGGGUGACAAAUACAGGGAUUGCAGUAUCACAGGUGGGUACUCUGUGCAUAGAGGCACAGGUCACGUAAAUUUUAAAUGGAUCCCUAAAUGUUUUGGGUAAGUGUCCCCAAGUGUGAUCCAAAAUUGGGAAUUGCACUUGCCCCUUAGGUAAAUAUUACUUUCAUGAUAUUGAUCAAUAUUGAUUGCAAGUGAAUAUGUGACAGAGAGAACUGUAUCAUAAAGCCUUUUGUUCUUGGGCCAUCAUAGUUUAAUAAAAAAAACACACACAGCGGUGAUAACCGUGAACUUUUGCAUUUUUAUAUAAACUUGAAGUGAUCUAAACUGAAACAGUCACUUUAGAUUACUUUCAAAAAUGCAUGUUGACUAGCAUAUGAAAUGUCAAGUUUAUGUAGAAAUGCAAAAGUUCUCAAUGUUUAUCACUGCUGUAUGUUAUCAUGGAUUCAACAAAGUGGCCUUACAGGUGUUUUUUAGCAGAUAAGCUUUGUAAGUGCUAUUAUUAUUUUUAUUUUAUGUGGCAGGUAAAAACUGAACCUGCAAAAACUACUAUGACAAGCACAACUAAAACAGGUGUACCAACAACAGGAUCUCAGGCCACAGUCAUCCCAGCUUCUAUGCUGACUGUAUCAGCUCUUCCAAGCAUGGAUGAAACAAUGGCAAGUACUCAGCAACCACUGAUCACUCCAAUGAAACGAAAACAUGAGGAUGAAGAUGACGACUACGACUCCUAGCCCUUAGGAUGAUCUUUAUUAACUAUUAACUUUAAUUUGUAAACAAAUUUACAUACAUGUACAAAGUAUACAUGCCAAAACUACCAUGUUUACUUGAAAGAGCACUGCCUCUGUAUAAGCCUUGCAUUGAGGAGCAAAAAAAAGUGUGUUAAGUCCAGCAACAAUUUUGGUGUGUAUUGUUGCUUUUUUUUUAUAUUGUUGAUGUUGGAUGGAUACUGCUACAUUGUUGAUAUUAUUUCAAGCUAGAAGGGCACUUACAGAACUUGUAAACCUUUCAAGUAACUAUUGCAUUCUUCUUAUGGGGCCCUGUUAGGGUAAGAUUCCGACGAGUAACAAGGCCUUGAAAUAUCAACAUAAGAGAGCUAAAAUGGCAAUAAAGAUGGGUCAAAACUGAGAGACAACAAAGAAAAGGGAAAAUAAAUAGUAAAAUACCAGCAAGUAGCUGGCCUCCUCCUCAGUAUGAGAAACCAUAGGUUUUAAAAUUUAGACUAGGGACAUAUGUACCCCCCUCCCCCUCCCAAAAAAGGGGCCUCCCUCAUGCUAUUACUGUUGCUUCUGAACAGACUGAAGUUAAAGAAAAAAUAAUUUUUCUUUUCCUUCGGUUUGUUCAGAAACAAUGUAAUGUAGAACUGUUCUUCAGAAAUUGGAAGCUUAAUGGAAGUGCAUCUCCAAACAAUUAAUGCCCUCGAAUCAGCACUGCACUAAGGGCCUGUUUACGUG